AAUUGAGAAAUAAAAAUUUAUAUAUAAUAUUACAUAUAGUAUUAAUUUUUAGUUGUUCAAAAAGGAAACAUUUUUCCUUUCAACGUGCAGUAUGGGGUGCAGAAAAAAUAACACCGACACUCCAUUAGUCCAUGUCACUCUCUCCUUAUAAAUACCACGUGUUGAAUUCAUUGAACAGAAAAGCAGUAACUUAAUCUCAGAGAAAGAUGGAGAUCAAGGAAAUGUGGUCACAACUAGGCUCACUCAUGGCUAGCAUUAUGUUUGUAUAUGCCAUGUAUGAGCAAUUCUUCCCAUACCAUCUUCGAUCCUAUGUCAAAAAAUACACACACAAAUUCACAGGCCUCAUGUACCCUUACAUCCACAUUUCCUUCCCUGAAUUCACAGGUGAACGCCUCAAAAAAAGUGAAGCAUUCACUACCAUCCAAACAUACCUUAGUGCAAAUUCAUCGCAAAAAGCCAAAAGACUCAAAGCUGAAGUGGUUAAAGAUAGCCAAACACCACUCGUACUUAGCAUGGAUGACAAUGAAGAGAUCACAGAUGAGUUCGAAGGUGUUAAAGUGUGGUGGGCUUCAAACCACACCCUCCCACAAACACAAACAUUUUCAUGGUACCCUUCUUCAGGUGAGAAAAGAUUCUUAACUCUUACAUUUCACAAACGUUACCGUGACCUCAUCACAGGCUCUUACAUCCAACAUGUGUUGGAACAAGGCAAGAAUAUUGAAGUGCAAAAUAGGACACUGAAGUUGUACACCAACAAUCCAAGCAAUGAUUGGUAUGGCUGGAAACGCACCAAGUGGAGCCAUGUAACUUUUGAGCACCCUGCAAGUUUUGGGACCCUUGCAAUGGACCCAAAGAAGAAAGAAGAGAUCAGAAAUGAUCUUGAAAAGUUCAAGAAGGGAGAAGAUUACUAUAAAAAAAUAGGUAAGGCUUGGAAAAGAGGGUAUCUUUUGUAUGGUCCUCCGGGUACUGGUAAGUCUACUAUGAUAGCUGCUAUGGCUAAUUUCAUGAACUAUGAUGUGUAUGAUCUUGAACUCACUGCAGUUAAGGAAAACACUGAGCUAAGGAGGCUUUUGAUUGAGACAUCAAGUAAGUCAAUUAUAGUGAUAGAGGACAUUGAUUGUUCUCUUGAUCUUACGGGCCAAAGGAAAAAGAAUAAGAAGGAAAAAGAUGAGGAUGAGGUUGAACAAGCCAAGAAUCCUACUAAGAAACACGAGGAAGAUGAAGAGAAGGGAAGUAAAGUGACUCUAUCUGGGUUGUUGAAUUUCAUUGAUGGGAUUUGGUCAGCUUGUGGAGGAGAAAGGAUCAUAAUUUUCACAACAAAUUUUGUGGAGAAGCUUGAUCCUGCUUUGAUUAGGAGAGGGAGAAUGGAUAAGCACAUAGAAAUGUCUUACUGUGGUUUUGAGGCUUUUAAGGUUUUGGCCAAGAACUACUUGGAUGUUGAGUCUCAUAGUUUGUUUCCUAGAAUUGAGAAGUUGUUGGGAGAGACCAAUAUGACACCUGCUGAUGUUGCUGAAAAUUUGAUGCCUAAGUCAAUUGUUGAAGAUUCUGAGACUUGCUUGAAGAAUCUUGUUGUGUCUAUUAAGGAGGCUAAGAAGAAGGCUGAGGAGGAUGCAAAGAAAAAGGCUGAGGAGGAUGAGGAAGAGAGAUUGAAGGCAGAGAAGAAAGAAAAAGAAAAGCUGGCUAAAGAGGAAGAGGUUAUAGCUAAUGGAAAAUCUGAGGAAGGGGCGAAAGAGAAUGGUGACAACAAUUAGUUUAUAUUAAGAUAAAGAUUAAAUAACAUAUAACAUAUUUCCUUCUUGGUGAAAUAAUUUAUAUGUAGUUGCAUUAUAUAAUUCAAAUAUAGUUAAGUUUUUUCCU